AUGAAAGAUCUUGGAUCUGGAAAGAAAAUACUAGGGAUAACAAUUGAUAGAGAUAGAGAUGUUGGUACUAUGAGACUUUCACAAGAAGCAUACUGCCAUAAGAUGCUUAAAAUAUUUAGAAUGAAUGAAUCUAAAUCAGUUACAACACCUCUUGUAUCUCAUUUUAAGUUAUCCCUUGAGCAUGCCCCGCAAACCGAUGAUGAAAGAGAUCAAAUGCAAGUUGUACCAUAUGCUAAUGUUGUAGGGAAUCUCAUGUAUCUCAUGGUCUGUACCAUAUCUGAUUUAGCUCAUUGUUUAAGUGUUGUAAGUAGAUAUAUGGCUGAUCCAGAGAGCUAUCAUUGGCAAGCUGUAGAGUGGAUUCUCAGAUAUAUUAAAGGAACUGUGUCAUAUGGACUGCUAUAUACUAAACACUUAAGUAAUCAAGAAGUUCUCAUAAGUUUUGUGGAUGCAGAUUAUGCAACUGAUAAAUACAAGAGAAGGUCUUUGUCCAGUUUAGUUUUCAAGUUCUUUGGGAAUACAGUGAGUUGGAAAUCAUCCUUACAAUCAGUGGUUACUUUAUCAACCACAGAAGUUGAAUACAUGGCUCUAACUGAAGCAUUUAAAGAAGUUAUCUGGUUGAAUGAGUUAGCUGAAGAAUUUCAUAUUUUCUUAAAGGAUGAUUUUGUGAUUUUUUGUGAUAGUCAGAGUGCAGUUUUUUGUCAAAGAAUUAGACCUACCAUGAAAAAACCAAGCAUAUAG